UUUCGAUGGGAAUACGCUUGGAAGUUGGUCGAAUUGGACGUCGAUGUGGUUAGAAAGCCUUUAAACCAUUCUCAGUCAUUGUCAGUUGCUCGUCAUUCCCCGUUUAUCGCAUUCCACGCACAGUUGCCAUUGUCCAUUGGUGUAUUUUAGUUGGUAUUUUAAAUUUUCAAGUGCAGUCUUGUGUUUAAAUCGUCGCGGCUGUGAAUCCCUGCGUCCGAUCUGGGCCCCACCAGCACUCGUUCCCCUGCAUCAGCCCCCCAGGUCCCGCCACCCACUCUUCUCUCUCUCUUUUUGUCUCUUUUUUUUUAUCUCUCUGUCUACGUUUUACGCGACCGGCGUGCGUCGUGGAUCUCUCAUGUAACCGGUACCAGUUUGGUACCAGUUGUUCAAAGCGCGAAACCCAUAUUCCACGACUUCUCACUCCGCUCCAUUAAUCCAGGAUUAAUUAACAGAUUUGAACGGGAGAGGUUGUCCCAACAACGAGAAAGAAGAGGUCACGAGCUCUAUUGCUCCCCCUCUUUCACCUUUCUUUUACAGCAUGAUUGUGUAUACCUCCAGUACGUAACUACCAGCCGCCUAGAAAAUACUGUGUCACGCCGGCAAUGGAAAAAUCCAUUGACAUGUGUACGUAAACGCGUAGUGGAGUGGCUGUGCGUUAAAUUUUUGCGGCAGGUCGUGGAUAGAACAUUGAACGAAUUUUUUUCUAUCUAAAUAUGAUGGCCUGUAUGGGGUUUGAGCUCUGGCACCGGGGUGGGCCGAUGUGACGGCUGACUACUAGAAUAAAAAGGAGAAAGGAAAAUCAUAAAGAGGGACAGAGGUGAGGAGAAAAGUCGAGAAUCGAUAAGACGAGAAUGGGGCAGGCGUGGUGCAAGGAGAGGUCCAACAAGGCACAGGAUUCAAAAUCACCUCUGGACCGAGUUUUCCUUCGCUGCGCACAUCGAAUAUAUCCGAGUCUUAAGGAAGAAGGAUCGGUUCUUGGAGGAGCAACUCAACGGGUAACGAGCUCGGAGAUUGGGUAUGCUGGUUCUCCAUCCCGGGAAUUGCUCACCAGAGGAUGUAGUAUCGACUCUGUCGAUCGACCCUUUCAACCAAGUGACUGGGUAGACGUUAAUCUGGAAGUACCAAGUACACCAAGAGCAAGUUCGGUCAUGACCAAUCGUACCUUAGAUACGACACUCUAUCACACUGCAAGCCCAACAACAAGUUACUCUAAUCUCAAAGACGUGACCCCAAUCCCACCACCAAGGAGUAAGAAGAAAAAUCGGAGACGACCACUGCCACCAAAGCCCAGUGAGAGUUACGAGAGUUUAGAAACCGAAAUUGCUCCUAAGGAUUCAAAGGAGCCUCUUUACUCAUCUGUGAAAUUUCCCACGGGCAAGAAGAAGGAGGUUCGUGAGUACAAGAUCUAUGAAAUAGAGAGGGUGAUCCCCAACGCUGUUGUGUCUGGUUGGAAGUCAGCGGAGAGGCUCUCUAGUCACGAAAAAACUUCCAUUAAAUCGAAAAGUUCGAGCACCGUUAGUCUACCGAAUUACAACCAACUCGAGGCAUCGCGAUACGAAGAUGAGGACGAAAAAUCAUCAGAGGAAAAGCAAACUUCCCCUCUUGAUCAGUUUACGGACUUGCCAGUCGAUGGUUUGAGACUAGAUAAAGGGAAAACUUCGACUCCACUGAAGCAGGAUAUCAAGGAUGAGCCGAGAACGCCUGUUAAAGUUGAUGGAUGGUUUUUGCAUCCUGACAAGGGAACGCGAUUUGAGGAUUCACCAGCACCUGAGGAAAAUGGAACGAUUGAUGAGGAAACGAUGGAAAAUAGAAGCUUCACGAAAAAUACGUACGAGAAUCCGUUCUUUGAAAUUCCUGUGGACGAGAUGAAAAAGACGCAUUCCCUGAAUCGCCAUCGCGAGGUUCAAUCAACGAAAAACCUCCGUAGAUCGUUAUCAAACGACACUGAACUUUUCGACAACUUUGAAGAUAGAAACACUCUAGCAUUGCGCGUCGAUCCAUCCUCCCCAUCUCAAUCGGACUCUUCACCACGAGUGCUAACAAGAUCGAUAUCCGAAGAGUCAUUUCCAAGUGCUCUGAUGGAGGAUCCAGAUGAGAUUGACUUUUUCGAGGAUAAAGUCGUCAAGGAUACCAAGAACGAGAUAACUAAGAUACGUGAGGAAUUGGAGGCUGUUAAGAAUGAAGUUAAAACGCCACCAUCCAGUCCAGAACCAAAGAUCAAACCCGAACUGCAGAGUAACGAUCACUCGACUCUGUUGAAAGUCCUGAGAGACGAGGCUGAUGACAGCAAUUUGAGCUCAAUGACACCAAGUUUGACAGAACUCUCAGCAGCUCUCUCAGAUAUGCUGGAGAAGCAGGAUGAGCAUCUGGAGGUGCACGAGCAACCCCUGGAGUACAAACAUAUCCCAGAGAAAUCCAUAGAAAUUCCCAUCGAGCCAAAAAUCAUUCCCCUGAUUGUCGAAGAAACUCCUCCAGAGAUGGUGAACAUCGAUUUAACUAACGGCAAUGCUAUCAAUGGUUUUGAAAAAAUCAAUAAAACCAAUCACGACAUUGAAUCACCACCCAAGCCAAGCAGAUUGCACAGAAUCAUCCAGACUCCCUCUCCAGAGAGCCCAGAUAAUAUACCCACUCCUCCCAGAAGGCGGAAUCGCAGUAGUUCAGGUGCUCUGAAUGACAGACUCAUUUGACGAGACAGAAAGAAAAAGAACUUUUCAUUAUAAAAACCGAGAAAAAAAAAUCGGGCAUCACAAGUGUUUGUAAACAAAGUGGCGUUCUCAGUGGAUUUCGUGGAUUUUUUAAAAUGGAAAACGAGAGACGAA